GGAGCGGCCGACGGUCCGGGGGGGCAGGGCCAGGGCCGGGGCCGGGGGGGGUCUCCCCCCCCGGACCCUGCAGGAGAAGAUGUCUUCACGGACUGCGCUGGCUCCGGGCAACGACCGGAAUCCCGACUCGGUCUCUCCUGCCUGGGAAGGCCCAAGGAGCCUGUGUGCUUUAGAGCAUGGCACCCUGAGCAGCGGCAGGUCCUCGGACAAGGGGCCCUCCUGGUCGAGUCGCUCCCUGGGCGCCCGUUGCCGGAACUCCAUCGCCUCGUGCCCGGAGGAGCAGCCCCAUGUCGGCAACUACCGGCUCCUGCGGACCAUUGGGAAGGGGAACUUCGCCAAGGUCAAGCUGGCCCGGCACAUCCUCACGGGGCGAGAGGUCGCCAUCAAGAUCAUCGACAAAACCCAGCUCAACCCCAGCAGCUUGCAGAAGCUCUUCCGAGAGGUCCGAAUCAUGAAAGGCUUAAAUCACCCCAAUAUCGUGAAGCUGUUCGAGGUCAUUGAGACGGAGAAAACCCUGUACCUGGUCAUGGAGUACGCCAGUGCUGGGGAGGUGUUUGACUACCUCGUGUCCCAUGGCCGCAUGAAGGAGAAAGAGGCAAGAGCCAAGUUUCGGCAGAUCGUGUCUGCUGUACAUUACUGUCACCAGAAAAACAUCGUACACCGGGACCUGAAGGCAGAGAACCUGCUCCUGGACGCAGAGGCCAACAUCAAAAUCGCCGACUUUGGCUUCAGUAAUGAGUUCACGCUGGGCUCCAAGCUGGACACGUUCUGCGGCAGCCCCCCCUACGCGGCCCCCGAGCUCUUCCAGGGCAAGAAGUACGACGGGCCCGAGGUGGACAUCUGGAGCCUCGGGGUCAUCCUCUACACGCUGGUCAGCGGCUCCCUGCCCUUUGAUGGCCAUAACCUUAAGGAGCUUCGGGAGCGGGUCCUGAGGGGCAAGUACCGGGUCCCCUUCUAUAUGUCCACAGACUGUGAGAGCAUCCUCCGCAGGUUUCUGGUACUGAACCCAGCCAAGCGGUGCACCCUUGAGCAAAUCAUGAAGGACAAGUGGAUCAACAUUGGCUACGAAGGAGAAGAGCUGAAGCCGUACACGGAGCCCGAGGAGGACUUUGGGGAUCCCAAGCGUAUUGAGGUGAUGGUGAGCAUGGGCUAUACUCGGGAAGAGAUCAAAGAGGCCUUGACGAGCCAGAAGUACAACGAGGUCACAGCCACCUACCUCCUGCUGGGCAGGAAGAGUGAGGAGGGUGGGGACAGGGGCGCCCCUGGGCUGGCUCUUGCUCGAGUUCGACCACCCAGUGAGGCAGCCAAUGGCCCCAGCAAAAGCUCCAGUUCCAGCCAGAACAAAAGCCAGAGGAGUUCUUCGUCGACCUAUCACCGGCAGCGCCGGCAUAGCGACUUCUGUGGCCCCUCCCCAGCCCCCCUGCACCCCAAACGCAGUCCCACGAGUACGGGGGAGACGGAGCUGAAAGAGGAGCGGCUGCCAAGCCGCAAGACCAGCUGCAGCACGGCGGGGGGCGGGAGUCGGGGCCUGCCCCCGGCCAGCCCCAUGGUCAGCAGCGCCCACAACCCCAACAAAGCCGAGAUCCCCGAGCGGCGUAAAGACGGCUCGGGCACACCUAAUAACCUUCCCCCGAGUGUGAUGACUCGUCGGAACACGUAUGUGUGCACGGAGCGUCCCGGGGCGGAGCGGCCCUCCCUGCUGCCCAACGGGAAGGAGAACAGCUCGGGCCCUCCUCGGGUUCCCCCAGCUUCCCCCUCGAGCCACAGCUUGGCACCCCCCGGGGGCGAGAGAAGCCGCCUGGCCCGGGGCUCCACCAUCCGCAGCACCUUCCACGGCGGGCAGGUGCGGGACCGGCGGGCAGGGGCGGGAAGCGGGGUCCAGAACGGGCCGCCCGCGUCCCCCACCUUGGCCCACGAGGCCACGCCGCUGCCCACCGGGCGACCGCGACCCACCGCCAACCUCUUCAGCAAGCUCACCUCCAAACUGACCCGCAGGGUCGCAGACCAACCUGAGAGAAUCGGGGGACCUGAGGUCACAGGUAGCCAUCUACCUUGGGAUCAAGAGGAAGCCACCCCCCGGCUGCUCCGAUUCCCCUGGAGUGUGAAGCUGACGAGCUCGCGCCCACCGGAGGCCCUGAUGGCGGCCCUUCGCCAGGCCACGGCGGCCGCCCGCUGCCGCUGCCGCCAGCCCCAGCCCUUCCUGCUGGCCUGCCUGCACGGUGGGGCCGGCGGGCCCGAGCCCCUGUCCCACUUCGAGGUGGAGGUGUGUCAGCUGCCUCGGCCCGGCCUCCGGGGCGUCCUCUUCCGCAGGGUGGCGGGCACUGCCCUGGCCUUCCGCACGCUGGUCACCCGCAUCUCCAAUGACCUGGAGCUCUGAGACUGGCAGAAGCCCCCUCCGCCAGAGACUUUGAGGGGGCCGGGGGAGGGGAGCCCCCACUCCCCGCCGAAGAGCUCGGCUCCCCUUUGUCCUUCUUCCACUCCACCGAUGCUGGGAUUGGGGAGGGGGGAGGAGCGUUGGAGAGGCGGCCACCAUAGUUACUCUAGUCUUUUCGAGCUGGAAAAAGCCUUAGAGACCAUUAAGUUCAACCCUUCCCAUUUUACAGAAGGGGAGACUGAGUUUCAGGGAGGGAAGGGACUUGUACAAGAUCAGAUAGUUGGGGGGGCUUAGGACCCAGUCUUCCUGCCUCCCUGUUCAUUCUCCCACACCAAAGCCCAGACCCACUCCUCCCCCACCCAGCCCUUCUUCCAUCUCUACGGAACGAGGCGUCGAAGCGAGAGGCGGGGUCAGGCUGGAUAGGCCCUCGCGCUGUCCGGCACCUGCCCCACGCGCGGCCCGGGAGACUGGAACCCUCGGUUCUCCUUCCCGAGUCUCACUCUUCUGACCUUGGACAAGUCAACCUAGGCCUCAGUUUCCCUCUUCUGAUGGAGGAGGGAGUUAGACUUGUUUGGUCUCUAGGAUAUCUCCUAGCUCUUUCCCCAGUUUUUUUGGGGGGGAGGCAGCUGGAGGGAACCUUGUAGAACCUAGAUUCCCUGUUCUUCCUAGGACGGGGGGCCAGAGAUGUUGCUGGAAAGCCGGGAGGGUGGGGAAGGGAAGGGGGGCGGGUAGAAAGAGGGACAGCAGCGCUCCUGUCUGGCCCCCCCGCCUCCCCCCAUUCAUCAAGAUCUCUCACGAGGCUGAACUUUGGACUGGGUGGCAGGUUGGCUGUGAAGGCCAGGUACAGCGUCCCCGGAGGAGCUUGGCUACAGGGGAAGCGCCCCCCCCCCAGCCUGAGGGCUUUUCCUUCCCUCUCCCUCCCCUGAAACCACCUCAGGUGCCCAAAACUGAUUUGGAUUGGACUCUCUAUGGGGCGAAGUUCUCAAAUUCUCCCCCUUCCGUUACCUGGGGUGAGAGGUCUGGGGGGAGAUGGAAGAGGGGAGUUGGGAGGACUGGGGCCCUCCCCUCUUUCUUUCCUCCCUUCUCCCUCCCACCCACCAAUCAGACCCUUCCCCCUCCUCUUUUCCCUGACACUUUGUACAAAUCCUUGUAAAUAUAUCCUCCCUCCUGCCUCCCGACCUCCCCUCACACCUUGUCCGCCAAGGGAGCUGCCUCCAGUUUUUAAGUUAUUAUGCCCCUGGUCCCCCCGGCCCGGCCCUGGCCCCUGCCGCCUGUUACCAAUAAAAUUAGGAGAUUCCCCCUG